AUGGCGGAGCAGGAGCCCCGGGAGGCGCGGGCGCACCUGCCCUGGAGGCACUGCGAGGCGCCGGGCGUGCACACGCUGUGCAACCUCACGCCGCUGCUGGACAAGCUGCAGAAGGGCCACCGCGACGACGUCCGGCUCUACACCUCCGGGCACCUGAACCCCGACAAGCUCUACAGGCCCCCCGAGACCGUGCUGCAGCACUGGGCCAACGCGCGCCGGCCCCCGGCGGAGGCGGGCCCGCGGGCGGAGGCGCCGAGCGCGCGGAGGGUGGCGCGCAUGAAGGCGGCGCUGGCCUACUUCACGGUGCGCACGGCCCUGAGCCCCCGCGACGGCCACGGCGCGCCCCUGUUCCGCUACCUGCACCCCGCGGGGCCCGCUUCCGACGACGACCUGGCCCUGCGGGCGUGGCCCGCGGGGCGCCUCCCGGGGCGGCGGGGCGCGGGGGAGCCGAGCGCGCCCGAGGUGGAGGUCCUCCGGUACCGGAGGCCGCUGUCCAGCCGCCAGUGCGCCGCGGCGCCCCCGGGCCCCGACAGGUUCCGGCGCGUCGACUCCUACCUGGCCGGCGUCACCAGGGCGGACCAGCACCGGCAGCUCCUGCGCUUCCAGAAGGACGUUCUGGCCAAGCAGGACCUGCUGGACAACGACUUCACCGGGCGCAAGGCCGCGCUCGCCCACGAGAAGAAGCUGGAGCGGGGCCUCCAGAAGCUGUGCGUCUGCGCCCCGCAGGAGCUCGGCCGGCUGUCCGUCUUCUCUGAUGUCUUUGAGGACAUUUGCAGCAGCUCUCUGAUAUUCGGGGAGAUCUUGAAGGAAAUCAAGGACGAAUACGAGCUCUACAUGGCCAUCCUCCUGGAGACAUGCCCCACGGAGCAGCAUGAGGCGUUCCUGGACUUCCUCCAGGGGAUGGAGAGGCGCCCCGUGAGGACCCCCGAGGUGCAGCAGGCCCGCGAGCAGCUGCGGCAGCUGGUGACGGCCGUGCAGGCCGCCCUGGCGCGCAACGACGGGCUCCGGCGUGAGUUGGAGACGGAGCAGACGCUGCUGGACGCGGCCCGGGCGCAGGCAGAAUUAUCUGACAAUGUAACGGACGAGGAGAGCCUUACUCUUAUUCAGAAGGUUGAAAAGAAGAGGUGUGAGAUACACAAUAAAUGGGAUGAAAUCCAAGCCCUUGAAAGAGAAAUUAAAGCAACUUUGAUUCAUACUGAAGUUUCCAAUAUCACCGAGAACGCAAUUAAAAGCAUAGAGACGGAAACGCUAAAGUUAGAAACAGCAAAUAGGAUCUUAAGGAAGAACAUAAAUAUCAUCGAGACCUACGUGAGGAAGAGCCUGAGGAAGAACAGGAUAAGCGAGCAGGACCAGGAGAACAUCUGGACAUUUAUUAACCAAUUUGUAAAGGAAACAGACAGUAAUUCCCCAGACCCUGCAAAAGUGACCAAUGAAAACUUACAGCCGCCGUGUACGUAGCGUGGAUGUUGGCAGAUGCGCGGAUUAAUGAAGAUGCAUUUCAUUGUGUCAGUUUUCAUUGCUAAUAAAGUCAAUGUGGUGU